UUCACGCUUGACUCAUCGCGAGAUGUGCCGACGUCAGUUUUAGCGCGUAGUUUGUUAUUGGCGGAAAAGCUUCUGUCAAAGUUAGAAUAAAGUGUUUUAUUCGAUUUCUACAAGAACAAAAAUUACAAUUUGACCUUAGAUUGAUAAAGAAGUACUUCAUGGCUAUAUGACGGAUUAAAGAAACCCGUAUUUUCGGUUCUGCAGCGCCUAACAGCCAAAUAAAGCGAUGGAGUUUUCUCCUGUUUGCUCUGAGCACAUCAGCUUAGAGGGAUCCAUUUUGAAAUCAGACACAACUCACAAGAAAAGAAACAUCUCAAAGGAUGUGGAGAUGGACAUAGAGAUCCUGUACAAAGUUGUCCCUCAGCUUGCCAAGGUGUUUCGCAUCACUGACAAAAUUGGAGAAGGUACAUUCAGCUCGGUGUACUUGGGUGAAGCACAGAUGCGUGAUGGGAGGAAAGAGAUGUUUGCAUUGAAGCAUGUCAUCCCAACCAGCCAUCCGACACGCAUUGCUGCUGAACUUCAGUGUCUAACUGUGGCAGGCGGCAGAGAGAAUGUGAUGGGAGUGACGUACUGCUUCAGGAAGGAGGACCAUGUGGUCAUUGUAAUGCCCUACAUGGAGCAUCAAGCUAUUGUGGACAUCAUUGGGUCGCUGAGCUUUGAAGAGGUCCGUCUUUACAUCUAUAAUCUGUUAAAGGCUCUGAAACACAUCCACCAGUUUGGGAUCAUUCAUCGGGACAUUAAACCAAACAAUUUCCUCUACAACAGGAAGCACAAAAUGUAUGCGCUAGUGGAUUUUGGCUUGGCCCAGGGCACCUCUGACACCCAGAUUGAGAUGCUAAAGGUGGUGAGACAGAAGCCGUCACAGAAAGGUGGAGGGCCUUCAGGGAAACGGGAACCUGUACAAAGAAACAGAGCACGUCCUAAUCCCCCUCUCAAAAUGACCAGCACUACUCCAACUUCACUACAUCCACCUCCACAGCAAUCAAUACCUUCUUCCUCCUCCUCUACUUCCUGCAUCCCCACAUCCCCCUCAGCAGCUGGGAAAGCACUGGUUAAAAAGUCACGUUCCACCACCACCUCCUUUUCUCAAACAAAACUCACAAAGGAUCUGGCAGGACUGCGCAAAGUUCCUCGGCCGGUGUUUGGAGAGAGAAAUCUGAACAGCUGCACACCAGUGCCCCCUAGCUGUACGGAAGCUGCACUCAAGACUGAAUUGGUAAAGGCCAAGAAAACUGAUGAUGCUGCCAGCUACAAAUACCCUUCAGCCAAUCAGGGCCUUCUGGCUGUCAGGACCUCAAGCAGCAGUCAGAAAACACAGAUGAGCAUGCAGCAGGGCCUCACAUGUAACUGCUACCUUACUGAUCAGAUCUGCAAUGUCUGCUUGGCCAGAAAGCAACAGGUAGCACCCAGAGCGGGGACCCCAGGCUUUAGAGCACCAGAAGUCCUGACAAAAUGUCCCAACCAAGGCCCAGCCAUAGAUGUGUGGUCAGCCGGUGUGAUCCUGCUCUCCCUUCUCAGUGGCCGUUACCCCUUCUUUAAAGCCAGCGAUGAUCUGAUUGCACUCACACAGAUCAUGACUAUAAGAGGCUCCAUGGAGACCAUUCGGGCAGCAAAGACAUUUGGAAAAGCAGUGGUGUGCAGUCAGGAGCUUCCUCGUCAGGACCUCAGGACGUUGUGUGAGACGUUAAGAGGAAGGAGGUCAGCAGCUGAGACCACCCUGGUUCCAGAUGCAAGCGGAGAGACACCUGCCACCCGUAAAAACUUGGUCCAAGAUGAUACUCCCACAUAUCAGCCCAAUGGCCCUAAACUCAAGCAACACAAAGAAGAAACUCCCUGUAAACACCAAGACCAUCCAGAUAGCAGCAAAGCCCCAACCCCACAGAGCUCCCUGUCAGAAAGCAAAGUGGGUGAUGAUAAGGGCUGGGACAGGGUACCUGAUGAGGCCUUUGACCUGUUGGACCGUCUGCUGGACCUAAACCCUUCUACUAGGAUCACAGCUGCUGAAGCUCUGCAGCACCCACUUUUCAAACAUUUGUGAAACAGUGUUUCAUACCAGCUUCUGUCAGCAGAAUGAAAGUGUGGCUCUCCAGGCUGUGAUUUGGUUUUUUUUAAAUCAAUAAAUAGUUCAUAUGAUGGUUUAGCAGGUUAAGAGUUUAUAUCCAUGAGUAAAGAAGUUAUCUGAGGACACGUUUUAUCCCUGUUGGUAGAAUAAAAUGGACUGUUGAUGUAAAUAAAUGAAGUUGAACUUCAUGGCAGCCAUGAUACAGACCUGUGAAUUGUGUUGAUAUUUAGUUUGGAAAAGUUUUGUAUUAAAUUUAAGUGGAGUUUACUCAUGUUCCUGCUACUCAAAGUGUAAAUGAACUCUUUUAUUUAAAGGCAUGGGUUACCGUGUAUGAAGUGACUAUAUGAAUGAAUGCUGCUGGGUGAAUUGCUGUCAUCAACCUGUAUUUAUUUACAUUGAAGCUGCCUCCUUUUUGAAAGUUUGCAAUAAAAUACGCCUCUUAUUGA